GUUCAAGCAUUCAGUAUGCCACUGCGCGCGAAACAGCGCUGACUGAGAGCAUAACGUUCGAAUUUUAUAAAAAUAGUCGAAUAGUUACGCGACUCUCUGCGCGCGUGAAUUUUUCAAAUCUAAGUGCAAUACUGUGCAUCGUUUUCUUUUGAUUUGUUGCCAUAUUUUUGUACGAUUUUUAAGUGAUUUUAAGUGUCAGUGAUAAAGCCGGAUAAACAUGGAUCUGGAGUUUCGAAAUUUGACUUACACGGUGCGAAGUCGCAUCAUAAAAGGGUCAUCACGACAAGUUGUUAAAGGCGUAAAUGGAAGAUUUAUCUCCGGACAGCUGGUUGCGAUCAUGGGCCCAUCUGGUGCUGGUAAAAGUUCACUGUUGAAUGCAAUAUCCGGUUACAGGUCAAAUGGUGUCGCAGGCGAGCUAUUGGUGAACGGCGAAGCGCGCGAUGAGAAAUCGUUCCAAAGAUCUUCGUGUUAUAUCACUCAAGAAGACUUGCUUCAGCCUUUAUUAACUGUGCGAGAGGCGAUGGACGUCGCGGCCAGCUUGAAAUUGCCAAAAGGAAGCAAAGCCCCCUCAGAAGAGAUAUUACAAGAGUUAGGCCUGUUGGAACACCAGCACACUAGGACCGACCUAUUAUCGGGUGGACAAAAGAAGAGGCUAUCAAUUGCCCUGGAGUUGGUGAACAAUCCUCCUGUAUUCUUCCUUGAUGAGCCGACGAGUGGUCUGGACAAUGUCACGACUGUGCAGUGUGUCAAGCUACUAAAGCAGCUCGCGAGACAAGGAAGAACUGUGGUCUGCACCAUCCACCAGCCUGCCGCUUCGCUCUUCGAGUUGUUUGACCAGGCGUACAUAAUCGCAGAUGGUCUAUGCAUCUACCAAGGAGACACUGAGGCCAUGGUACCACAUCUAUCCAGCCUGGGCCUAGUUUGUCCUCGCCAUCACAAUCCAGCGGAUUAUAUAAUCGAGCUAACGGAGAGUCAUGAAUGCAUACAAAUAUUAUCAGAAGAAAUCCUUAACGGUAGUCUGUAUAAGUCAACUAAAGUUGACAGUCCAAUCCUGGAACCAGUCAACACAAUGCAAUUAAAGAUUUGCUACCAAACAGAAGACAAUAAUUGUGAAACGGAAAUAGUAUUAACAACAGACAAAUGCACGUUUAACAUGGAAGAGUAUACGGCAGCGUCAUCAACAACUUUAGAGAGUAAAAUUUCCAAGGACUCCUCAGUGGCCUGGAUGAAAAUGCAGAAAGUAGAAACCAAAGGAUACCCCAGUACAUUCUCCCAACAGUUCAUUAUACUACUAACGAGAAUGCUACUGCAAAUAUCAAGAAAUCGACCAGCACUAUGGAUUCAAACUAUACACCACAUAGGCUGUGCGCUUUUGAUAGGCGUAUGUUUCUUCAAUAUGGCAAAUGACGGUACACAAAUGUUUAACCAUUUGAAGAUGUGCGUGGGUCUUGUUAUAUUCUUCGUUUACACACAAAUCAUGGUACCAGUACUAGUCUAUCCCCAAGAGGUAAAGUUGGUGAAAAAGGAACAUUUCAAUGGCUGGUACAACCUGGUGCCAUACUACGCGGCGUUAACAGUCUCAAAACUUCCAGUACAAGUUACCUUAAACAUGAUCUUUUCAACGAUUGUGUUCUUCAUGGUCGGAGUUCCAUACGCCCAUAAUAGGUUCCUGGCGUUCUGUAUAAUAGGAAAUAUUGUUUCUCUGGUCGCUGAGGGUGUCGGGAUGGCUAUUGGAUCGGUGUUUAGUGUUAGGAAUGGAUGUGCGAUCGGCCCGGCAGCUAUCGCCCCUUUCCUUGGUUUGGCCAUCUACGGCUUCGACUUCGCUCACAAAAUCCCCCUAAUAAUGAACAUUAUCAUGAAGACUUCCUUCAUCCGAUGCGGAGUAGUUGCCAUGGUGCUUACAAUUUUCGGCUUUGGACGGCAACCCCUCGAGUGUAGCGAUGUCUACUGCCACUUUGCAAAGCCAGACGUCCUAUUACAGUACUUAGAUAUCGAAAAAAGUUCAGUCUGGUUCGAAAUAUUUAUAAUGGUCAGCAUCAUGUUCGCCGUACGGUUUCUUUGUUUCAUGGGCCUCAGGUGGCGGUUCGCGACAUGAUAUGAUAUUCUAUAAUUCCAGGUACUUAGUACAACUACAUGUGAUAGAUUGCAAGUAAUUUAUGUUGUUUGUGAUGUAAUGCAUUUUUCAAACAGGUGAACCAAAGAAUCCUGUAUGGGCGUGACUGACUAUGAAUGUUUUAGUAUUAUUAGGACGAUUUGUAAGCGAAGCCAGUAGAAAAUUCUUUAUGCUUCAAAUGAAUAUAAUAUUUCUAUAGAUAUAGGUAAUAAACAAUUGACUUUCAAACUCUAAUAAUUAUUCCAUAUUUGAAUUUUUACACAAUAUGGAGUUGAAAUUCGAGGACAUAAUGGAUUAAUCUUUUGAAUAUAUUUGUACAUGUUUAAAGAAAGAUACGCAGCAUUUAGCUUUUCGUAUGUUAUGUUAAAUACAAAAUGCUGAUAAAAUUAAUGAAUAAGUAAAUAAACGUCAUGUUGUAUAAGGAGAAAUACUUAUUCUUCAUACCUAAGUGUCGACAAUGGCGUAAUAAUGUAACUUCUGUCAACAGAUGUAUAUGAAUUAAAUUUUUGUCUAUGAUCGUGAUAAAAAAUUAAGUUUUUCUUAAGUUUUCAAUUGUUUUCCUGCCCAGUGUUAGUUGUGCGUCUUGCAUGAUGUAAAUGUACCUAAUAGAAGGUUUAAUAAUAGACCUUACUCAUAAGCUAAACUCUCAGCCGUUUUAAUAAGUUAAUGAUUUUUUAGUUCAGUCAGAUAAGUAACUAACCGGGCAUACAAAUCCGUAGCUGAGAUGACCCGAGCUUUACUGACAUAAUUAAUCAAAAGUCAAAUGUCAAUCAUUACAGAUAAUAAACUGUCGAACGGUUGUAACUGUUAGGACGGAAUUUCUUCUAUACCACACUACGCUAAACACGUAUUAUUAACACAAAGGACGUGUUAUCCAUAAAUUAUAUCAUGGUCAUCAUCGGGACCUUUACGCAUUUAGAAUUUUGAGUCAAGUCUUUUGAUAUUGUAGGUUUAGAAGCCAGAGAUAUAAAAGUAUUUCACUCGGGACAUAACAGCUAUUUAACUUUCUAAGUAUGUGUCAGGUUUGAGUUUGACAGAACUAUGAUUAUUCUUAUUUCAUGUUCUAGUUGUUAGAAAGUUUGUUUACUUUGUUACUACAGCGUAUAUUCGGGUACUUCAAUGUAUUUUUAAACAGGGUCAACAAAAGGAAAAGGUACUUAAAAACACUUUAAAAAUAAUCUAAAAGGUUUUCGUCACAAAAUGUAGAUAUUUUUCAUCUACCUAUUUGUGUAUUUU